UAAUUUGUUUAUGUAAGCAUACCCCAUUCCUUUAUUUCAUUUUAGCACAGGGCUCGGUUCAAUAAAGCUGUACUUUACAUUGCUUACUAUGAUUAGCUUUAACCAGAAUGCAGUAAGUCUGCUUUGUAUCUUAGUUGGAUUUGUUUACUCACAAAGAAAUUUAGAUGAUGUGUGCACUUUAAAAUCGACUGGUUUACAAGGCGUUUGUAAAUUUAUUAAAGACUGUCCAAGUGCACAGGAAGAGCUCCAGCAACAUCAUGUACCUCAGAUUUGCAGUUUUCACAGAUUCGACCCGAUAAUUUGCUGUCCACCUGUAAGAAAACCAGGCGAAAUAAGUAAAAAAAAAUGUGAAGAAUAUUCUGCAUAUGUAAAUGAAACAUAUAUACCUCCAAUCGGAUUAAUAGAUGCUGAGCCAGUAACAAGUUAUGAAUGUGGUCAUACAGUGGAAACACUUAUUGUAGGUGGAACAGAAGCUCAGCAAAAGGAAUUUCCGCAUAUGGCUGCUAUUGGCUAUGGAUCUAGCAUUGAAGAUGCAGGAUGGUUUUGUGGUGGAACAUUGUUGAGCGACGAGUACGUAUUGACAGCUGCGCAUUGCUUAAGUAAUCAAAAUUGGGGAGACGCUAAAUGGGUAAAACUUGGCGUUACCAGGUUAACCAGCACCCAUAGAAAAAGACAACAUAUAGAAGUAGCCGAAUUAAUACCGCAUCCUAAGUACAAGGCAGCGUCUCAUUACUAUGACAUUGGAUUACUCAAAUUGAAAAAGUUAGCUAAAUUAAAUUCAUUCUCACGACCAGCAUGCCUAUACUCAAAAGAAGAGAUUACAGCCGAAAAAGCUAUAGCAACCGGUUGGGGUCAAACGGAGUUUGGUGGAACAUCCAGUAAUGAUCUGCUCAAAGUAACUUUAGAACUCACUGAUCCUAAUGCCUGUACUCGACUUUAUAGACCUUGGAGAAGAUUACAAAAUGGGAUUUUAUCUGAGAGCCAGAUAUGUGCUGGGUCCCAACUAGGAAAUGACACCUGCCAGGGAGAUUCAGGAGGACCCUUGCAAAUAUAUCAUAUCCAUGACGACAUUAAAUGUAUGUACGACAUUAUCGGUGUAGUAUCAUUCGGUAAAAGUUGUUAUGGCAGUCCGGGGGUCUACACGAGAGUAUCAUAUUACAUAAAGUGGAUAGAGGAUAUAGUUUGGCCAUAAAUUUGCCUAUGUAGUCAAAAUACUCAACUAAGAGAAAGUACAAAUAAUAACUAUUAAUAUAGUGUAAUAAGCUGAACAUUCUGAAAAUUUUGUUGAAGUUUUAUUAACACAAAAAAUAUAAAAAUUAAUAAAAUAAAUGUGUGAAUGAGGUUUACUA